AUGGUCGCGUUCAUUCCUUACCGAUCUCUUGCGAAGGCUGCUUGCGCAGCAGGUGCCACCUCGAUGGCUUUGAUGGCUAUGGCGAAACCGACGCCUUCGGUACUGCGCCGUCAGUCUACGGCCAACCCUGAGAACCCUGAUGCGUUCUGUGUCAAGACGAUGUGCAUUGCCGGUUCUGUCCAGGGUGAUGUUGUCACCUAUACUCUCACGAGCCAGGGCACUCUGCCAGUCGGCUGGAUGGGCAUUGGAUUCGGGAAGACGAUGGGCGACAGUCAGAUGGUCGUGAUGUGGCCGAACCAGGAUGGCUCGUACACGCUCUCGCAACGGCGCGCACCAUACGAAAUUGAGCCGAGGCCAGACGAUAGUCCGCACGUUCAGGUUACCCUGCUUACGGAAUCGAGCUUCAUAGACCAGAUGGAUGAUUCUCUCGUGUCAAUCUCGUUCUCUCUUCCUCUCAGCGAAGCCGAACUGGCAGACGAGGAACAACACCAGCAGAAGGACAUCAUCUGGGCAUACAGCAUCAAACACCCAGAACCCGAGCCGGACGCGCACAUCGCCUUCCACGACCGUUGGGGCCGAGCCAAGCUCACUCUAUCGCACGACCUCCCGCCAUCUACUUCACUCUCCGGUGACUCCUCAACCCCAGCCGUCGCGGACGACGAACUCGAAGGUGCCCCUCUAAAGUCCGAGUCGCAUCAGCGCGCGCUUGUUGCGCAUGGUAUCCUGUGCAUGGCUGCGCUGCUACUCUUCACUCCUGCCGCGGCCGUGGUCUCGCGCUGGAGACCGGAAUCGUUGGCUGCGUACACUAUCCUGCAGAUCGCAUGCGCGGGCGCUACGCUCCUACUUGGUCUCGUCGCUGCCGUACGCGCGGCACCCGCGCACCUGGACGACACGCACAAACGCGUCGGUGUGCUUCUCGCACUGCUCUUUGUUGGACAAAGCGCGCUAGGGAUGUAUGUCAGCCGUGCGGUCAGCCCUAUCAAGGGAACGAGCAUCGCUUCCGUCGUUGCUGGAAUGGCCGUUGUGGCUCUGGCGCUUUAUCAGACGAGGACAGGCAUGAUGACCGAGUGGGUGGCUGCGACAGGAACCGGGAGUCUGCCGGCGCUGGAGAUUAUGUGGCUUGUGGCGCUCUUCGCCGCACCUGUAGCGCUCAUCGGCAGCCUCUUCUUCCGUCGCACGCGCGAGCACUAUAUCGCGCUAUACUCGCCUCCUCUGCCGAAGGAAGGAGAGGUUGGGCACGAGAUGGAUGAUCAUGAACAGGAUCACUAUGAGAUCGGGCAGGAUGAGGACGAGGAGGAUGUUGAGGAGACGCAUCGGAUGCUUGGGAAGGCUCAAUGA